UGAUGAUGUAUCAAAAUCAACUAUGAAAAUGAAGUGAAAAGACAGGAAAAGAAUUAAAUUGUAGUAAAAGUUGGUACCAAAAGUGAGAAAUUAAAUUUAUAAAGACAGUUGCUAUUAUUGUAGUAACUAGCUUUACUAUUAUCAUCUUAAUCAUCAUCAAACUUCCUAAAAUUGACUAUUUCACUCACUUUCUCACUCUCUCUCUCUCUCAAUUUGAUGAUUGCAAUUGAUCGCAACCAUUAACCAAUUCUUCCCUCCAAGGAUCAAUCUAAAUGUAUCACAAACAAUCAUAAUAAUCAUCACAAAAGCAAGCAUCAAAUAAACAGAAGACAACAACAAUAAAAGUAAUAACGAUAAAACUAAAUACAUUGAAAUGUAACCGGUAGUUGGUAAAGUGAAAUAUUAAUUGCCAAGAAUCAAUGAAAAAUCAAACACAAUCAAAUUAAAAAAGCAUUUCUCUUCAUCGUCCUUUUCCUUCUCGUCGUAUGUAAAGUUGAAGCAUAAGUAGUGAGAUCUCAGAAAACUGUUAAAUCCUUUAAACACUAUUAACACGGACCAUUAAAGAAAUGUACUUCAUUUUUACUAAUCGAUAUGUAUAUAUAUAGGAGUCAGCUUAUAAUCAACAAUUGAUCAGUUUGAUUGCGAUCGAAGAACAAUCAACAACAGAAAUUGUCAAAGUAUUAUAAAGACGACAACAUUGAGAGUCGAGUUGUAUAAAUUAACAAGUGAUAUCAAAGCAAAAUGUUAGUGUUUAGUGUUGGUUUGUUUCAUGUGUUAAUACUUUGUUUAUCAUUGUUGACACCAUGUUUCGCUCAGAUUCCUGGACCACUACAACCUGUACCUAGAAGUCAAACAUACCAAGGAAGAGAUUCAGAUGGAACCUACUCAUUUGGUUAUACAGUCAACGAGCCAAGUGGAAGCACUAAAUUUAGGCAAGAGUCUGGUGAUGGAGCUGGUAACCGGCAAGGAUCAUAUGGACUGGAGGAGAAAGACAGUCAACGGAUAGUGUUUAAUUAUGCCACCAAACCCAAGAGUAGUACUCAAUAUAUUAAUCAUCCUGUACCACUAACAAGCCAACAUAAUGAUCAAGGUCCCAUGAUAUUGUCUCCUAUACCCUCUUCGUCAUCGGGUUCAUCUUCAAACCAGGGUUCUAUGGAGGGAUCAGCAGAUGGUGGUUUCCAGCCAUCAUUUGAAUCUCGUGGUCAUGAAAUGGAGGAUUACAAUCGCUUCAACAACAACAAUCCUGCCUUUGAUGAAGAUUUUGAUUUUGAGGGACGUAAAUUUGGCAACCCAAGAAUGAGACAAUCAUCAAAUACUCAUUGGGAUGGUGGUGAUUCAGUUAAUGGUGGACAAGGAUCAAGUGGAUCUGGUCCUUGGAAUAAACAAGGCAACGGUGGUGAACAUAAUGGACACCAUCAUCAUUCCCAAUCUCAACCUCAAUCUCAUUCUCAUCCUCAUUCCCAUCAUCAUCAUCAACCCGGCGGAGAACCUGAUCAACGUGGAGAAGAGUUUGGAAUGGGAGAAAAUCGAGAGCUAACCAGUGAACCAGGAAAUUACGAUCGAUUAGUAGCUUAUCUUGCCAACCAAAGACCAAAUGGCCCACCAUUACCACCUCCACCACCUCCUGCUCACCAUAGACAGCCGAUGAGACCAGAAGAUUUUCCUUACAAAUCAAGAUAAACAUUGAAA